UCGCCUUUUUUCAGCUCAGUUGUUUGUUAUCGUUGGCGGCGAACGCGCGUCGCUGCGGACCAAAAAUCGACUUUAUUUCGACUAUAUACCGCCCGCGAUCUGAUCCGUGCAUAUAUUUUUGGAUCCACCGAUCCGCGAUCUUACAUUGAAGUGCGGCGAAGUUUUAUUUUGAUUUUGAUUCUUUUUGUUUUGUACGUUUUUUUUUUUUUUUUGUGCUGUGCCCAUCAGAGUCUAUAAUUAAAUAUUGUUUAUUGCCCGUUGAGACGGUGGAAAAAAAGCGAAGAACUCCCUGGAUGUCAAUAGCGAUCAUGCCUCACCUGCCUAUCACUUUUACACUCUCCAUCCUCCUCGCACUUUCUUCUAAUGAAGCGCAAGGAGUUGAGAGUGCGACAAGGACGUCAAACGAAGCUAUACGAACAGGAAUCGGCACAAAACCGGAAACGGAAGUAGCGGACGCCACAGAGGCGGAAGCCCCCGUGCGGGAGGUGAUAUCGCUGCUGGGCGUAAUCGAUGGUGCUGAGUCCGUUAUCCUGGUUCCCGACGCCGCCGACAAGUGUCCUGGCGGCUAUUUCCACUGCAAUACCACGGCGCAGUGCGUUCCGCAGCGGGCCAACUGCGACGGCAGUGUCGACUGCGAUGACGCAUCGGAUGAGGUGAACUGCGUGAACGAGGUGGACGCCAAGUACUGGGACCACCUGUACAGGAAACAGCCCUUCGGGAGACACGACAAUCUCAGGAUUGGCGAGUGCCUUUGGCCCAACGAAAACUUUUCCUGUCCCUGUCGAGGUGACGAGAUUCUAUGCCGAUUUCAGCAGCUAACCGAUAUUCCAAAACGACUGCCGCAGAGCGAUCUGGCAACGCUCGAUCUAACGGGAAACAAUUUCGAAACCAUCCAUGAGACCUUCUUCAGUGAACUGCCAGACGUCGAUAGCUUAGUGCUGAAGUUCUGCUCAAUCCGUGAGAUUGCCUCGCAUGCAUUCGAUCGCCUGGCGGACAGCCCACUGAGGACCCUUUAUAUGGACGAUAAUAAAUUACCGCAUCUGCCGGAGCACUUCUUUCCCGAGGGCAAUCAAUUGAGUAUUCUCAUUUUGGCACGCAACCACCUGCAUCAUUUGAAACGAAGCGAUUUUCUGAAUCUACAGAAGUUACAGGAACUGGACCUUCGCGGCAAUCGCAUAGGAAACUUCGAGGCCGAGGUCUUUGCCCAACUAACGAGUUUGGAAGUGCUCUAUCUGAAUGAAAACCACUUAAAGCGUCUGGAUCCAGAUAGAUUUCCCAGAACCCUGCUCAAUCUGCACACUUUGUCCUUGGCUUACAAUCAGAUCGAGGACAUCGCCGCGAAUACAUUCCCCUUUCCACGCCUUCGAUACUUAUUUCUGGCUGGCAAUCGAUUAUCCCACAUACGCGAUGAAACAUUUUGCAAUCUCAGCAAUCUGCAAGGAUUACACUUGAACGAGAACCGGAUCGAAGGAUUCGACCUGGAGGCCUUCGCCUGUUUGAAGAACCUGAGCUCCCUGCUCCUAACGGGCAAUCGCUUCCAGACCCUUGAUUCGCGGGUCCUAAAAAACCUGAGCAGCCUGGAUUAUAUUUACUUCUCGUGGUUCCAUUUGUGUAGCGCCGCCAUGAACGUCCGGGUCUGUGAUCCACACGGCGAUGGCAUCAGCAGCAAGUUGCACCUGCUGGACAAUCAGAUACUGCGAGGCAGUGUCUGGGUGAUGGCCUCGAUUGCCGUGGUGGGCAACCUAUUGGUCCUGCUCGGCCGCUACUUCUACAAGUCACGGAGCAACGUGGAGCACUCGCUCUACCUUCGCCAUUUGGCGGCCAGCGAUUUCCUCAUGGGCAUUUACCUCACGCUGAUUGCCUGUGCGGACAUCAGUUUUCGCGGCGAGUAUAUCAAAUACGAGGAGACCUGGCGGCACAGCGGCAUUUGUGCCUUCGCAGGCUUCCUCAGCACCUUCAGCUGCCAGUCGUCGACGCUGCUGCUCACAUUGGUCACCUGGGAUCGUCUGAUGUCGGUGACGAGGCCCCUCAAGCCACGGGAUACGGAAAAAGUUCGCAUUGUCCUGCGUCUCUUGCUGUUGUGGGGCAUAAGUUUCGGAUUAGCUGCAGCUCCACUUCUUCCCAAUCCCUACUUUGGAAACCAUUUCUAUGGCAACAAUGGUGUCUGCUUAUCGCUGCAUAUCCACGAUCCCUAUGCGAAGGUAAUCACCAUUUCCUUGGAAAGCUUGGAACGUUUUAAUAUUUCAAAAUGUAUACUUCAGGGUUGGGAGUACUCGGCGCUGCUGUUCAUCCUGGUCAAUACGUUGUCACUGGUCUUCAUCCUCUUUUCCUACAUUCGCAUGUUGCAAGCGAUAAGGGAUUCGGGUGGCGGAAUGCGUAGCACUCACAGCGGUCGCGAGAAUGUGGUAGCAACUCGCUUUGCCAUCAUUGUGACCACCGAUUGCGCCUGCUGGCUGCCCAUCAUCGUGGUCAAAGUGGCUGCUCUUUCAGGCUGCGAAAUCUCGCCCGAUCUUUACGCCUGGCUGGCGGUUCUUGUGCUGCCAGUGAACUCGGCCCUCAAUCCAGUGCUGUACACAUUGACCACUGCGGCCUUUAAGCAACAGCUGCGUCGCUAUUGUCACACCCUGCCCAGCUGCUCGCUGGUGAACAACGAGACCCGAUCCCAAACGCAGACUGCCUACGAGUCCGGACUGAGUGUCAGUCUGGCGCACUUGGGCGGCGGUGUGGGCGGCGGGUCGGGGCGAAAGCGGAUGUCCCACCGGCAGAUGAGCUAUCUGUAGGCGGCGCAACUGUCUUAAAAUGCAGCACGAGAUCAACAGACUUACAUACAAGUGGGGCUAGUGGGUGGGUGGCAUUACCACAGGACACUUCCAUGUAAUUGGUCCCUUAAACUAUUGGUAAUAUACGUACUUAUUAUUAUUCUGAUAUCAAUUUUAAAUUACUUUUAACAAG